AUGAGUAACGUACACUACAAAACAGUCCCAAAUGUUGAAGGUUUCUACUCUCUCAACGAGCCUGCAAUUGGUUCUGCUGUUCAUCUUAACGACAGCACUCCAAAGCUCUUCCAACCCUUGACAAUCCGGGAUGCAACAUUUAAGAAUCGUAUCUGGGUCAGCCCCAUGUGCCAGUACUCGAGCAAGGAUGGGUUUGCGUCCGAUUGGCAUCUCGUGCAUUUGGGCGGAUUCGCUACCCGGGGUGCGGGUGCCAUCACUGUGGAAGCCUCAGCCGUCGUUCCAGAAGGCCGCAUCUCUCCUGAAGAUCUAGGUAUCUGGUCAGACGAACACAUUGCUCCCUUGAAGCGAAUCGUCGACUUUGUGCAUACGCAAGGUACUCUGAUUGGCAUUCAGCUCGCACAUGCGGGUAGGAAAGCAUCGACGUGGGCUCCAUGGGUGGCCAUGCAUUUGAACGGAGCACCAACAGUCAAAAAUCACGAGGUGCCAAAGGAACUUGGUGGCUGGCCUGGAAAAGUCUACGGGCCCUCUGCUAUCAAAUGGUCGGAUGACUACCCAGAGGUAACAGAGAUUACACUCGAGGGAAUCCAAACUGUCAAGGACGCCUUUGUGGCCGCAGCGAAACGGUGUAAAGAAAUCGGCUUCGACUUCAUCGAGCUCCACGGUGCCCAUGGAUAUCUUAUGAACGAGUUUAUGUCUCCCGUUUCCAACCACCGCACCGACCAAUACGGUGGAAGCCUCGCCAACCGUAUGCGCCUCCCGCUCGAAAUUACGCAAGCAGUUCGCGCCGUAUGGGACAAGCCACUCUUCUUCCGUAUCUCUGCAACAGAAUGGGCCGAGCACGAGCUUGGUCCAGAAAAGGAUGAAAGCAGUGGAGAAUACAAAUGGUGGGGAAUAGAACAGACGAAUAUUCUCGCAGGAGAGUUGAAGAAUGCUGGUGUCGAUCUAUUGGACGUGAGUUCUGGAGGAAACUAUUCCAAGCAGAAGAUUACGGUUGGGCCAGCGUACCAGGCGCCCUUUGCUGAAGCCGUCAAAAAGGCGCACCCCGAUUUGCUCGUCGGAACUGUUGGAUUGAUCACCGAACCACAACAAGCCGAGGAUCUUCUCCAGCAAGGCAAAGGAGACGUGGUCUACCUUGCCAGAGAACUCCUUAGACGGGUCGAUUUCCCUCUCAUCGCGGCAAGCGAACUCGGCGCUGUCGUCAAACCAGCCAAUCAAUAUCAACUCGCGUGGAGGCGUAUGCUACACAAGGCCUAA